GGUCGUGACGUUCGUGCGGCUGGGAGUUGCCGGCACAGACAUGGACUGCGGUGCCCACAUGGUCUAGCGACUCGGCCCGGCUGUCCAGUAUAGUGCUCUCCCGGUUCCCAGCUCAGGCCAGCCAGCCGCGCCAUGGGCAAGAAGAAAACCAGCAAAUUCGCACGGCCGCAGUUCUCCCCAAUCGGGCCACUGAAUAAUAUGAAGGAGGAGGAGGAGGCUGGGGAAGUUUGCUCGCCGGCCCGGGAUUUACUUGAGAAAUUACAGAGUGUGUCUCCUGAUGUCCGAGAAUUUGCAUGUGCCAGUAUUUCAAAACUUGUCCAGGAGAAAAAGGUGAUUCCUUCAUUUCUGCAGAAAGAUGCUGUUCGGUGUUUGGGACCGAUGCUGCUUGACUCAAGCGUUGGUGUCAGGGAGACAGCUGCUGGUGCACUCAGAAACCUUAGUGCUUGUGGUGGAUAUGAUGUUUGUGAUGAGAUGGUGAAGCAAGACAUUAUGACUCCCCUUACUGCCUUGCUGCAGCAGUGUUGUACAGAAUUAGAUGCAAAUGUGGUCAUUCCACAAAAACAGAAAGGUGCAGAUAAAACCUAUGUGGAAGACAUAGCCAAUGAGGCCAUCAACCUUCUCUGGAAUUUAUGUGAGAGCAGCAGCACGGCAGUGUCUGUCUUUAACAAAGAAGGUUUAUUGGACGUCUGCAUUCAGUGCUUGAAACGGUUUAGUAUUAAUAUCGAACUAGCCAUUUCUGCAGCUUACUGUUUACAGACGAACACUGAAGACAAUGCCGAGCUUUUGCCGUCUUUAAUCCCCUCAACCCUCCAAGUUUUGGAAAUGGUGCUUCUGUCUCCGGAAGAUACCACAGAGCAUCUGCUGCUGAGGACACUUAUAGCAGGUACCGUAUGGAAUGUGAAGAGCGUUGUACCUACCAGCAGUCAGGCAGACACAAUAAAUGCCGUUAUAAGAAUUCUUUCAGAAACUUUGGAGAAGAAUGCCAACCAGAUCAUUCUGAGACUCAGGGAGGCUGCCUGUGCAAUGCCCAAGGUUGAGACAGAGACUGAAAUGGAGGAGGAAAUGAUUGAUGCAGGCGAGGAUGUUACUUCCAACCCGGAGGAUGGGAUGCAGAAGGCUCCACACAAAGGAAAAGCAGAUAAUGUGAAAAAUGAUGACAUUUCAGACCUUCUACCAGUCCGGAGUGAGGAGCUGAGGCAUGCCACUGCUCUGCUAGCUGCUCAACAGACUGCCUUAGAGAUCAUUGUAAACAUGUGUUGUUCAGAAGAUCCUUCAGAUGAUGAAUGGGAGGAAAUGUCAAGCAGUGAUGAAAGUGAUAACUCUAUGACUGAAGGGGCUGGGACACUGUUUUCUCCUCUCUGCCUGUCUGCAGAGGUCCUCUCUGCACUCGUGAACUACCUUAUUCCAAAAAAGGUUCUGGAGAAGACUGAAUUCACAGACAAUGUUACUAUAGAUGUAUGCAUGAAAAGUCCAUCUUGGCAACGUUUAAUUGCAAAAAUGAAACGGAUACAGUGUAGAGCCCUGACCUGCCUCCAUAACCUUUUAUCAGUAAUGGAUAUGGAGGACCUUGGAGGACCAGCUGCACUUCAGGCUCUUUCACAACACUUUACAACACUUGUUUUCUCCCAGUCAGAGCUGCCAAAGGAUUCAGAGUUUUUAGAGGCUGUGACUAGUGCAAUAAGGUCAUUGCUGCAGAGAAUGGCUUCCCAAAAUCUUCCUCAACAGUGUAUGACAGCAGAGCAGCUAAUGAUACUGUGUGAGGCAGGAGCUCAGUGUGAAAACACCAGUACUCGAGUCAACGUGGUUGCCAUGAUGGGAAUUAGUGGCAGUGCACUCGCCAAAGGAGAUAACACGGCCGAAACUCUCAAGAUGGUCGGGAAUUUUUUGCUUCAAGUAGCCACUAAGGAUUCUUCAUUAGUGGUAGUAGGUGAAGCCCUGGAUGCCAUCAUUGAUGUGUUUGCUGAUGGAAAAGAGGCAGAUAAGGCAGCAGAUCAGAUGAAGCUCGUCCAGGCUCUGAAAUCCUUUCAACCAAUUUUCAAAUCAAGGGUCCAAAAGGAAGGCAAAGAUAACCUCACUCCAGAUCAACGACUGGUCCUUGACAAUGUGAAGAUUAAUCUAAGACGAUUUAUUGCCUAUCAAGAGGCUUUAGCAAAAAAAUAAGCAGACAACCGCAAAGGCUGGUUCAAAGAAAUUUGUAUUUUCAGUUGAGAGUUUCUCGUUCUGACAUAUUCGAUCAUAAAAAGGUUGAUGUUCAUUGAACAAUUUUUAAAACUUGAAUUAUGCAACAUUUUUACUCAUGAAACUCAUUAGAGGAAAUAAAGUCUGGGUUGUUGCAAUAUAUUUUAUUUUAAAAUAAUACUGUUUUAACUGUGUGUUAAUCCUGAAGGUAGUUACUUCAGUACAAUUUUUAAAAGCCAAUUUGUUUAAUAUUACUGACUUCAACAAAAUAAAAACAAAGCAAGAACAUUCCCUACCCUUAAAUAGGAAAUCACAGAAGGUUAUUGUAACAUGAUAAAUGAUGCAUUUGGUGAAGGUGUCAUAAAUGUCAAUAUAAUUCAUGUGGAAGACAGUUGAUUGUAAUAAAGCAAAUACAUUUAUGAAAAAA